GUCACCUUUGAUAUUGUCCGGCUCAGCUAGAACUACUCACCUACAUGCACCAUUGCAGACUCUGCUGCUCCUCUUGCCACCAGCCAUCCGCGCCCUCAGCUUCGGUUCGACAAUCAGUCCAGGUAUUUCUAGCCGAAGACAACUGAUAUCCGACCGAGGCCAGCGACCACAUUCACCAGAACAUCGAGUAACUUCGGGUAGAAUGUCCUCGAAGCCAAAGGAGCCGCGUGCGGCGACAUCUGUUAAGAGCUACUCCACGACUCCGCCCAAGGACAAGAAAGAGCCUGCAGUGCCCCGACCGUCUUCAUCAGUCUUGCUCAUCUCGCCGAACAACCAGGUUCUCCUCUUACAGCGUGUCAAGCAAUCUUCCUCCUUUCCUUCUGCACACGUCUUCCCGGGCGGUAAUGUCUCCGAACUUCACGAUGGAAAAGCACCAGAGCCCAGCCAUCCUCAGCGCCACGAGGACAGUGAGAUGUACCGCAUGGCGGCCAUCCGUGAGACGUUUGAGGAAUCCGGCAUUCUCCUGGCACGAAACAAUGGCUUCGGCAGACUCAUCGAAGUGCCUCAGGAUCAACGCGAGGAAGGUCGCAAGCUAGUCCAUGGCAACCAAAUCCCCUUUACGAAGUGGCUCGCACAAAAAGGCGGUCGAGCAGAUAUCGAUGGUCUGACGCCCUUCACCAGAUGGAUCACGCCAACAAAUGUCCCCAAGAGAUUCACAACCCAGAUGUACCUGUACUUCUUACCAACAUUAUCUUCAACUCCGAUUUCAGAAGGUUCUGGCAACCCUGAUGACUCGGAAGCUGAAGUGGACAUUCCGUCGCCUACGACAGACGGUGGCAAAGAACACACCACUGCCAGAUUCUUACCCGCAUCAGCGUGGCUGAGACUUGCGCAAGAAGGGAGGAUCAUCAUGUUUCCACCGCAAUUCUUCUUACUUCAUCAAGUAGCACAAUUCCUGGAUGGCUUGAAAUCUCCAACGGAUUAUGCAUCCAUUUCGCGCGAGGAGGUGCCGAGAGAAGAGUUGGAAUUGCGGCGAAAGAGGCUUCUGGAGUUCGCGAAGUCGGGCGAUCCUUCGUAUGUGGACGCCUGCAUCUCUCCCACGACUAUGCCGCCGCCUUAUGGCAAGAAGCGGGAGGACGGACGACAAGUGCUUGCAUUGAACCGCGCUGGGCCAGAACUACAAGGGACAGCGCGAAAAGGUCCGAAUGACCAGUGCGUAUUGGUGGACUUUAAAAGAGAGGGACCACGAAGGUUGGCUGUUAUAUCGAGAGCUGAGGCACUUGGAAGCGAUGCGAAGCUGUGAUGCUCUUCUAUCUAUACGGCACUCGACUACAAUCUUGGCCCCUUUGUCCGGCUGCCUUCAGCCUAUCCCGGAUCGCAAAAGCCGAUCUCAAUUCAUCAUCCAGCAACCACUAUACUCAGAUGCACUGGUCUCCACCAUAUUGUUUGCGGUCGACCAAAUGGCAGUCUUCGAUUUCUGGAACCUGACAUAGUCUGCGUGCUCCACUCGUGUCGACAGUAUACACGUAAAGACAGUGAUGGGUCUCGGCAUAUACCGCGAUCAAGAGAAGCUUCUGCGCUGGACUCUCACAUGCUCACCAUGCCGGAGGUGUCCAUGAAUCGGACUAGCAGAGGCAUCCACCGAAAACGACAGCACGCGGCGUGGCCGAAGCUGCAGGAGAAGAGAUGUGUUAGCCCAGACUUGAUGAAAUUGUAGUCACAGUUUGUACGGGAGGUGAUCAACAUCAGAUUAUGCUUUUUUCGGCACUUGUUGGGGACCUUCUGGGGAGCCUCUACGCCUGUCGAAUUUUUCAUCAUGUUCGAAGUUUGCGGGAAGGGAUAUACACUCACCGCCAGACUGCAGUCGGACGCUUCAAGAGUCAAAUGAACCAGCAAGGGAAGCCGAACCACGAUGAUGCUGCAGUAGAAAAGAUGGUGUCAGCUUGCACCUGGCGAGAAUUUGGUUAUGAAUUGGAUGGGGGUUGGUCAACAUCAGAUCGUGUUUUUAUCGGCACUUGUUGGGGACCUUCUGGGGAGCCUCUACGCCUGUCGAAUUUUUCAUCAUGUUGGAAAUGCUCGUUGGAAAGGAGUCUCACUCACCGAUGAUCACUACUGGAUGCUUCAUGGACAUCCGCGACCGUACGAGAGGUUUGCAGUCGAGGCGCGUUCUGAAUGAACGCGUGGAAGUCGUGACUUGCGGCUCACAUGACGACUCUCGAGUGCAAUUUGCCAGAUGGAAGCUGUCAAGCAGGUCAGCAGUAUACCAUGCGCCGUAAGCUCACAGUGGUAGGGGCAAGGUAGCAAGGUCAGAUAUCGGUUGACUUCAGAGCCAUGAAGCUCAGCGCAAAAAGAGAAAUUUGGUCAUCAUGCAAGUGGAAUGGCGGGGGAAUCUUGCUUACCCGGCGACGACUCUGAAUCCCAAGGCGCGGAAUCGCGGAGGGCAGGACUGUUUGGCAGAUCUGCGGGUGGUAGUCGACUGGUGCCUUUCGUCUCAGGUCAGCAUCCUGGAAGAGCGAAGGCGUUGGAUUAGAACGGUCGUAUGGGCUUUCGACUAGCUGGACAAUUCUUACCUUGACCGCCGACAAUGGAUAUCGAUCUGGACAUUACGCCCGAGAGCACGGCAGUUCUGGAACCUAGCUUCCAAUGGUCGCUGUGGCUAUUGCAUAGUACUGCAUUGAGCUUGUGACUUUUGUUCGGUGGAGGUGGCCUGGCGAGAAGUUUGGAAAGGCCGCAGGUGGUUGGUGGGCGAACGCGCGGACGUGUUCUGCGAAAGGCGUCAGCAAAUUCCAAGCAGCGAGGAUCAGUCGUGCGGCAGAGCUAUGGACAAUUUUCUCAGAACAGCUCGGCUCGUUCAUUUCAUGGCCUCCCAUAAGUAGCGAGCGCCUGGGAGACUUCUGUCAGAGCCACCCACAAGCAACAGGUGCCGGGAUAGCUUCUGUCAGAACUCUCUCACAAGCACAAGCUCCGGGGGGCCUUUCAAAGUGUAGUAUCUUUGAAACCGUGUUCUCAUCAUUGAAGUCGUCGGGGUCGGAGGGUACAGGGUACUUACCUUCAACAUGACGCCGCGGCUUGUUGGCGAUGGUCAAGCCGCCAAUGGACGAAAAGGCUCGCGGUACUGCUGCCGGCGGCGAAGGUCUUGUUGGAGAUGAGGGAGUUCGGAGAAGGCGGCGAGAACUGGAUGAGCACGCGAACAUCAGCAAAUCUUCGAAAAUGAGGACCAUGUGUGUAUGGCAGUGCGCUGGACGAGACUGUCAGAUUCACUGUGUGCGAUCAACGCCUCCCACAAGCAUCAAGUGCCGGGGUGGCUUUCACCCGGUUCUUAUCGAUUCGGCGCUCUGUGCAGUGGAUGUCAUCAUCUCGUCGACCAAGGCUGGAAGCCACAGGAUACUUGCCUUUGGUAGAGCCGACCGCGGGCCUGGAGCGAAAGGAGAAGAAGAUGGCGUUGUCGUUGAUGAUGAUGAUGAUGAUGGUGGUGGUGGUGGUGGUGGUGGUGAUGCUGCUGCUGACGAUAAUCAGUAAAAUUUCAACAAUGAGGACCAUGUGUGUGUUUGUGGCAGCGCGCUGGACGAGACUGUCAGAGUCAUGGUUUGCGAUCAAUACCUCCCACAAGCAUCAAGUGCCGGGGUGGCAUCUGUUAGAGCCGCCCACAAACAUCAAGUGCCGGGGUGGCUGUUCUCACUGAAAUUUUUCAUUGUAGUAACGAAGGUAAGUGUAGAGGGAAAUCAUCAUCUCGUCGACCAAGGCUGGAAGACACAGCACACUUGCCUUUGGUGUGGCCGACCACGGUUCUGAAGCGAAAGGAUGGGAAGAUGCCGUUGAUGAUGAUGAUGAUGAUGCUGCUGCUGCUGCUGUUGCUGACGAUGGACGUGUUGAUGGAGGCGGGAAAAGGAGGGAUGAAGGUGAUGCAGAGAGCAAAGUUGGUUGGAAAGUUGGUGAGGGAGAGUGAGAGAAGGGGAGCGGGCAUUGUUGUGAUCACGAAAUACGAGCUUAUUGACGCGCUAGUGUUCGUUGCCUCAGCUGCAAUAGACGAGCGGGAAUCAUGCAGGCAGGCACACCAAACCGCACCAGUAUGCCACCGAGCCCGGCCAGUCCUCUGCAAAAGCCAUAAGCCCCUCGCCAACACGCUCGCCACUGUCCUCCUGGCCAUCUUCGUCACGGCCCUGGCGCCGGCCUUGGUCGUCUUUGCUGCCCACGCGAAGCUUCUCCGGUAGAUACGGGGGAAGGGAAAGUACAACCCGCCAUCCAAGAACAUAGAGCGAAAUGGGCGAAUAGCAGGCGCUUCUCGACCGGUCGAAACCAGCAGAUCUUCCAAUAAAGUAGACAGAUGAAUCUAUCUAUGCUAAACUGUGACGUCCUAGGACAUGCCAGAUGGCGCCCAUCCACCCUCCCAGUUAUCCUACAGAUGGAUGUAUGGAUCUGUCCGCUAGGACAACGAGAAGAAAUAGCAGAGAGAGAGAGGAGCGGGUAAAUAAUGUACUCGGUAGAGAAAUGCGAGGUGUGCCAUGGUAUGAUAUGAUAUGAUCUGAGCAGAUUUGGUCUAUUCGUGAAUUCAUUCACCAUGGGAUUUUUUUGAUACGG